AUGGGAUUGGUAGAUUAUGAUUCAUCAGAUGAUUCCAUUCCAUCCGUCCCUACUUCGACUUCUUCCCACUCUCCAAACCUCUUCAAACCCGAGACCGAGACCGCGACCGCGAAAUCCUCCGUGACCAGACACCCGAGCCGUAAACGUCCCCUCCCAUCAUUACCUACUACUUACACUUCCGGUCUUAAUCCAUCCGACGAUCCAACUUUACAUCAAGGAAGGAAACGAACACGUCCAUUCGUAGAAGGAGAAUAUUCUUGUCAUAUAUACGUAUCUCUUUCUAUACCCACUUCACUUCGGUCCACAUUGAAUGAAAUCCUCAUUACCCUCAAACGUUUACUACCCACGAAAGAUAUACAUCCUACACAUGAUCUGAAGGAUUUACAUAUCUCCCUCAGCCAUCCGUUAGGGUUGAGAAGAUCUCAAAUUCCUACUUUCCUCUCUGGACUAUCUAAAGCCGUGAAAGAUGUAAAGAAAACAAUUCUACCGAUGAUUCGGUCAACAUCGAAUAUCAGCUCAAGUCACGAGACGAGUGAAAUGGGUGGAGAUGAGAAGAUGACAUUACGACUAAGUUUGGCAGGGAAUAUCAAAGUGUAUCUCAAUGGUAAGAAAAGAGGUGGUCAGGGAGAUGGUGGAAGAGCUUUUUUCGCCUUAAGACUUGGAGCAGGUGAUCCUGAGUCAUCUCGAGACGGUCCUAGCAUGAUGUCUCCUGAUUCGGACACUUGUCUCCGCUGGUCAGUCCACGCAGUUCACGCAGUAGCCCCGGUGGAAGAUCGAACGUCAAUGAAACAAUCAUGUUUUCAUGACACAGAUGAUAUCAUGCUAUUGAGGCAGGUGUUCGAUACGAUAGUAGAAAUAAUCGAGAGAGUAAAUGAAGCACUUACCAUCAGCUCCGCAACCUCUUGUCAAAAGCUGUAG